AUGCAGCUUCAAGGCCCCAGCGUGGACACAGGGAGCUCUAGGACAGGGAUGAAUGGACACCGGCUUCCGCUGACCCAUCCAGCUGCCACGCCCGUCUUGGGCUGCCUGGGAGCACUGGGCCCAGAGAGGGUUGGUCGGAAGAAGCGGAAGGUCCAUGUGGGGCCUAUAUUUUGGAAACAAAAUGUAGACAUCAGAAAAUAUGACAAUUCCAUGCCAAUCAGUGAAUCAAGGAGAAAAUUGUGGAAUCAAGUAUACUGUGCUUUGACAUUUCCCAAAUCAUCUCAGCCAGGUAUAAUAAAAAGAUCAAGACCUACAGAAUUAGAAAACACAGUUCCUAGAAAUGAAAAAAUCAAAUUAGAAGAAAUUCGGAAGCCAGCUCAAAUAUGGAUAAGGCAUGUUUUAAGAAAAACAAUCCAAAGACCACCAUUUUACUUAAUUGUUAGGAGACAGGCCCUGUUUAAAAAUAUUAGAACUCUCAAAGUUCAUGCUGAAAAGAACCAGUCAAAAAAGUUCAAAGGUAACAAUAAAGUUACUUUGAAGAAAGAUUUCAAUAAGAGUAUAAGCCUUCUUGAGUCAACUCCAGAACCUAUAAAAUCAGUAAAUGACGAAAAACCAAAAAUACAAAAUAAAUCAGAUAAAUCUCCAUCAAUAGCAACACUUGAAAUUGAACAAUCCAAGAAAAUAAAAUCCAAAUCAGAAACAAAUUCAGAAUUCAAAGAAUUGGAUGUAGUAUCAACAAAGGAUCUCAAAAACUAUCAGGAAGACCCCAAAAAUCCCAAGGAAAUGGAUACUGAAUUAAUGUGUACAAAGGAUUCUAAAAGCUCGAAGAACAAUGCUGAUGCCCAAUCAAAUAAUUGCUCAAAAUGUAGUUUGAACUUAAAUUUGAUAAAUGUUGACGAUCAUUGUGCUAAGUCCAUGAUUGUUGACUUAUGCUUAAAGAAUUGCUCACAGAAUAAUUCAAAGAAAACUUCAAAGAAAGAUGCAAAGAAGAAUGAAAAUAAGAGCUCUGAUGCUGAGUCUGGAACUUCAAAGGAUGCAAAAAAUGAUGCAAAGAAAGAUAAGAAACUUACCAAAAAAGAGAGCAAAAAGAAGAAUGCAAAGGACACUGGAUCUACUGAUGCUGAAUCUGUAGAUUCAAAGGAUGCAAAGAAAGAUGCAAAGAAAGAUAAGAAAGUUACCAAGAAAGAGAGCAAGAAAAAGAUUGCAAAGGACACUGGAUCCGCUGAUGCAGAAUCUGCAGAAUCAAAAGAUGAGAAGAAAGAUGCAAAGAAAAGUAAGAAACUUUCCAAGAAAGAGAACAAGAAAACGGAUGCAAAGAAGGACACUGGAUCUACUGAUGCUGAAUCUCUAGAUUCAAAAGAUGCAAAGAAAGAUAAGAAACCUCCCAUGAAAAGUAAGGAUACAAAGAAGGAUGCCACUUCUACUGAUGCUGAAUCUCAGUCUGACUUGGAGGGGAAAAAAAGUAAGAUAGAGCCAAAGAUAAUUAAGACAGACCAGAAGAAAGAUGAGAAAAAGGAUACUAAGAAGGACACUGCAUCUAUAGAUGCUGAUUCUGAAUCUGAAUGGAAUUUGAAAAAAGAAAAAAAGGAUGAAAAGAUGGAGAAAAUAGAACCAAAGAAAGGUGAGAAAUCUCCAAUGAAGAGUGAAGCAACUACUGAAACUGAAUCUGAUCAGGAGGCAAAGAAAGAUAAGGGUUUAAAGAAGACAACUAAGCAGGAUGAAAGCAAGGUUUCAGCAUCUAUGGGUGCCAAAUCUGAUCAGGUUCCCAAGACCUCUCCAAAAAGGUCUGACAUGGUCAAAAGUUUAGAUGUUGAAUUAGACGCAUUUCUUUAUACACCUGCCUCUAAAAUACAAGCUGAAUCAGACACAUCUACAGGUUCAAAGGAAUCGCAAGAACUAAAGAAAGACUCCGAAACGGUAGCUCUAAGUACAUCUUCCGACACAAGUGAAAAAGCUAUGGUUCCAUGUAUGAUUCCUUUAUUCAGAGAAAGACCUCCUUGUGAGCCUUUCCAACCAGUACCUAAGGUCAAACGUCUCUGCCCCUGUAAGAUGCCUCCACCGACCAAACCAAGAUAUGCUCCUCUGCCUGAAGCAAAAUGGAUUCAUAAGCUGCUUUAA